CAGCAUUACUGAAGGUUUGACGUUAAUGUCAAACAUCACUGCCAUUGGGCAGAAUAAAAAAAAAACCGGGUCAGGUGAUUCCUGGGGAGGCCGGCGAUUCAUUGAGUCGUCUACAGUAAGGGACAGCACGCCCAGUCCCGGAUGCUCGGCGCUGUGAUAAAUAUUGAUACUUUAAGGUCUCUCGUCGUAUGGUGGGGGUGAUUUCAGUACCCUUGGUGGGGACAGCUCCUCUCUCCUGCCCACGCGUGUUCCAUGAGAUUCUUUUUAAACGCGCAGCCAAGCACCUGCUCUGAAGUCGGCGUUACCAACAGAGCGGUUUAACGAGCAGAGGGAGUGGACAGUAGGCUAAGCUUUGCACAUCUCGAAGGUUUGUUUCAAAGGUGGUCAGUUGCAUGCCGAAUUGCGGCCGCUCUAAAUUACUAGAGGCGAUCAUCGAGCGAUGGCUGAGUGCGGGAGAAAGGCGCUGUCACUUCUAGAAGCGGCCCGUUCCCGCUACGAGAGCUUGCAAAUUUCAGACGAUGUGUUCGGGGAGUCGGGCGACGACAGCAGCGACAACCCUUUCUACAGCACCUCGGCUGAUUCUAAUUCGGAUAACUACACCACGGAAACCAACGCGGAUGAUGUCCGGGCAGGUGAUUCAGGGAGUAGUCAUAACUGCGGUCCUCCCGGCUCCGUCUCCAGCACGCAGGCAGAGGAGGAAGGAUGGAGCGACGUGCUGCAAGACAUAAGCUUGCCCUCCUAUAAGGACACACAUGGUCCAACACAAAGGAUGCCCGCCACUGCCACUGCCAUGGACUUCUUCCAGCUGUUCGUGCCCGACAACGCCAUCCAGAACAUGGUGACCCAGACCAACAUGUACGCUAAGAAGUACCAGGAGCGCUUUGGCAGCGACGAGGGCUGGACGAGUGUGACGCUGCCCGAGAUGAAGGCCUUCCUGGGCUUCGUGACGUCCACCAGCGUCCAGCGCUGCGAGUCGGUGCUCAGCAUCUGGAGCAGCGGCUUCUUUAGCAACCGCAGCAUCGCGCUCAAGAUGAGCCAGGCGCGCUUCGAGAAGAUCCUCAAGUACUUCCACAUCGUGGCCUUCCGCUCCAGCCACGGGAGUAGCCAGGGCCUCUACAAGAUCCAGCCCUUCCUGGACUCGCUGCAGCAGUCCUUCGGCUGUGCAUUCCGCCCCUCCCAGACACAGGUAAUCCACGAGCCUCUGAUUGAUGAGGACCCCGUCUUCAUCACCACCUGCACUGAGCGGGAGCUGCGUAAGAGGAAGAAACGGAAGUUCAGUCUGUGGGUGCGCCAGUGCACGUCCACGGGCUUCAUCUGCCAGAUUUCUGUCCAUUUGAAAGAGGGCCCUGGGCCGGACGGGCUGGACACUCUGAAGAACAAGCUUCAGCUCCACAGUCUGGUGGCCAAGCAGCUGUGCCAGAGCCUGUCCGGUCGCAACUCUGUCAUCUUCACCGGACCCAGCAUCACCAGUCUCAACCUCUUCCAGGACUUUGAGAAACAGGAGAUCUACUGCUGCGGCCUGCUGAGCACCAAGAAGAGCGACUGCACCGGGCUUCCCCAGUCCAUGCUGAUCAACACGGACGGCCCCCAGGCCCGAGGCCAGUCCCGCACCAUGAUGAAGGGCAACAUGUCCCUCAUCAGCUGGUACAACAAGGGCAACUUCAGGUUCCUCACCAACGCAUACUCGCCCACCAAACAAGGGGUGAUCAUCAAGAGGAAAAGUGGGGAGAUCCCGUGUCCACUCGCCGUGGAGGCCUUUGCGGCGCACCUGAGCUACAUCUGCAAAUACGACGACAAGUACAGCAAGUACUUUAUCUUCCACAAACCUAACAAGACCUGGCAGCAGGUGUUCUGGCUAACCAUCAGCAUUGCCAUCAACAACGCCUACAUCCUGUACAAGAUGUCCGAUGCGUACCACGUGAAGCGCUACAGCCGGGCGCAGUUCGGCGAGAGGCUGGUCAGAGAACUCCUGGACUUGGACGACUGUUCACCCACGCAGUAGAAGUCUCUCCACUGCACCAUCUCUCCCCUACACCCACACCUACACACACAUACAUACAUAAUAUACACACACUGUGUCACACACAAACCCACAGCACACAUAUACACUGAUAUCUGACCCCACAUAGACUCUGUUAUGUCAAAGCGAAAUGUUUGCGCCUCUAUACUCACUAUGGAGGCAUUCAUCUUGUGAUUGUCGUCAGUUGUCUAACCCAAGCCGUGCCAAGUCUGGAUGGAGUAGGCGGGUGACGGACUGAUCACAGAACAGGAACGGAAGCUCUGUACCAAGACCCCUCUGGCAGACAGCAGGGCCCCAGUGUACAUAGUGCACUGCAUCUCACGUCUCUCCCCACGACCUUAGUGUCCCAGACUGCAUGCUCAAGAUAAAAAAAAACCCUCCUUCAUACGUGCUGUGCUAUGUGCCCUUGUUAACGUGCAAUGAUCGUCUCGAAAAGAGUCCUGUGGUGUUCGUUAAUCACACACACUGUAGCUGUGGAGAGGAGAACAAGUGGGCAACAAAAAAAAAAGAGAACAGCCAUCAGUGAUUUCCCUCCCUCUGUGAAUAGUAAUCUGACCCCUGCAGUAGAGAACCACUCUCCCCCUCCUCCCGCUCAUCUAGUACUCAUAAUCAGAAGGGACGGAUAAUGUUGUACGUACUGAUUAGGAAUCAAAGAGCCGUUUGCAGAUUGAAAGGGAAGGAUCAGUGAUCUUAGAACAGCUGCCUCUGGUUAGUCUCUUUACAGGCAGGGGGGUGGGGGGGGGUGUAGGACACCACAGCGCAGGGUGUUGCUUCUUUCUCAUUGGUAGAUGUCUACCUGGGGUUAAAUCUUGAUGCUGGACACUUAUGAGUGCAGACUACUUUAUCUUCAGGUAAUGAUUGCUGAAAAAAACACUCACUCAGUGAUACAUAAUACUGAGUGCCUGAUGAGAAUGAGCUAAAUCCAAUUCAUUGAUGCCAUCAAUGCCAUUGCCUCACCGCAGAGCCAUCCCUGGAUCAUCUCAAUUUCAAAGGUGAUCUUCAACCAGAUUAAGUGAUCUGUAAGGCUGAACUCCCAACCGACUAACAACAAUUCCCUUAAGCUUACAGAUGUUUGAACUGAAUUGGACAUAUCUUCCUCCCUUUCCUGUGUGCUAUUAACCAAUUUCAUCAUACGGUAACUAGAUGUAUCAAAUGAAUGCACUGAACGAGAGACAAUGACUAAAUCUUGGAAUCAGAUGAACACUGGUGUUUGAUGUCCAUUCUCCAUUAAAAUCAUGACCUUUGACCUUUCCACGGCCAAGGUUUACCCAAUGGAACAAGACAGGAUGUUGUGAGUGAGAGCUACAUUAGCUUAUUCAUGGAAGCGCCUCACUGUAAAAUGGCCAAUUUUUGUCAUGGCACUUGACAGAAAUGCCUGGAACAGGUUAUUUAUUUUCUUUGUUCACAUUUUGUCCCAGUGUUCAAAAGCUAGCCAUGCAUCAGUCAACUCACUUAAAAGGGACUUACUGUAUAAUCCCCCCCAGUGUCACUAAAAGAUACUCUCAUCUGUAGGCUACUAAAGUCUCGAAACAGCUCCUGACUUCAACUUACUCUAUGAAAAGUCCAGCCUGAUCCAGGAACUCAGGAUCUUGGAAUAAUAUUGGAUCAUGCCCCAUCCAGAGAUCUACUGUAGUCAGUAUAUACAGUACAGUGUCUAUUCUAAUGUUUGUGACAUGCGUUUUGCUGUGCCCUCUGUCAUGAGUGAAUCACUGCAGUAGGCUACUCUACAUCAAUGUUUCAACAUCAGUCAAGUGAAUGGCCCAUCACCAUGGAAACAAUCUCUAUACAAAAGAAUGGAAGCUAUGUACACACAACAUAAGUGCAAGAUACUAUGUGCCACAGCUAUGCUUUUAACUGGAUCGUCCAAAGUCUUCCCAAAGGUUCUCGUUUUGUUUCUUUUGAUGCGGCCUAAUAUUUUUAAUAUUUUUUGCCAAUCAUUUAUGUUUUUCCACUGUGAAAAUAGUAGAUAUAAUAUAUGAUAAAAAUGAAAUAUAUAUUGAAAUAGUUAUUUUAGAUCAGAGUGAGGCUGGACAGACAGCUCAGUAACAGCACUUUUGCCAUUCUCCUUUUUGCACUUGGAAGCUGUUGAGUUUGGAAGCAUGACUCCGUUUAUGAGCUUUAAAGUCUCCACGAGGCAUUAAAUGUGUCUGGUAAUCUCCCAUCUCCCAUGCAGCUCUGGCCAUUACAUAACACAGACGCCACAUCUGAAUUAUUCAUGCCAUGUUGUCACUCAGUGCAUUAGUGCUGUCGAGAUAGAUUAAGGUCUUCUUCACCUUGUGUCAUUAUGGGAGUGGGUAAACCAUCCGUUGUUGUUUGUGUAUCUCCGAGAGAAUAUGGAUAGAGAGGAGGGAGGUUGAGACCCAGUUCAAGGUUAUUGAUGUUGUGUAUAGUCAGGCUCUGCUUUUGAAAGAGAGCGAGGAGACACUGUGUACCUACUCUGGGGAGAUUGAUUCAGAAUGAAUGGCAACUGAAUGAGGGGGAGAGUGAGUAGAGAAUAUUCACCUUCUCUGUGGUGAUGUGAGAUUUCUAAAAGGUAAAAAAAAUGGUCGUAGAUAUUAAUUAUCUCAAGCAUUAGUCUAGCAUACUGAGAAUACUGUUAAAAAGGCUAAGCAUUAUAAUGUAUAAUCAUUUCUGUAUUUUGCCAUUGAGCCUAUGUGUGUAUGUUCCUAUGUGAAUUUGUGUUGCACAGCAUUGCUUAUUAGACCCCUUGAAACCAAUUACUGCUAGAGAACCACUGGUAGACAUUUAGUGUAUGUCACAAAAUUGGAAAUGGAUUUUUUUUUCCAUACCGUCAUACCAUAUCAAUACUGCUUUAAGUGUCAAUGAGUAAAUCAAUAAGGGAAAGACACCUUAAGGAAAUACCUUGCUAUACAUGCUAAUGUACUUUUGAAAGGUAUUGAUGUAGUCAGACACAUUAUUUGAUUUCUUUUCUCUCCUGCUUAGAUGGGAAGUAUUGCAGUCGGUCUUCCCACUGUCCUGAUGAUGAUGUUUUUAGCAGAUUUCCAAGAGUGUAGUGGUACUUUGAUCAUAACAACCACAAGACAAAAAGCCAGAAGUCAAAUGCUGUCACUACUCCUCCAUAGACAUGUCUGGCCAAGUCAGUUUACUCAGCUCACUCAUGUUCAGUGUGGUCUCCCAGUGCCUUGCUCUGAUGAGAAACUCCAGCAUCCUUUAAUAAACAAACUGUGUUUCUUUUGUAUCUGGCUGUAGAAAGCAGAGAGCUAGAAAGGUAAAAUAUAUGGUGUGCAUUAGACAUACUGGGUAGUGGUAGAUAUAUUUCUUUUAGAAAAAGUAAGGUCGAUUGCAGUGGCCACUGCAAUGAACAUCUUGUUCUUGUGCAUUCUGGGCUGCAUGUCCUUGUGCGAAUGACACUCUAUUGUACAAAAGUUUUUUAAGGAAUGAUAGGUUGGAUUUCAUCAACUCCCUCAAUGGUCUCUCAUUCACCUACAGACUGAAGCUCUGUAUAGGAAUCGAUUCAUCGGUCCUUUAGUCCGUAAUGGGACAUAAGUGUUCCUGCUCUUGUGCGUUUGUGUAAGUCAAGUUGCCAUAAUUUCCCCCAUGAAUCGCAAGUGAGGCGAAGUGGUUUGAAUGGGUCCGAGCACAUGGAAACGAAUGAUGCUCUCACUGCCUAAUAGUUCUCAUCAUACAUCUGUCACACAUCCAGUCAGUAAUCGCUACUGCACACAGCCAGUGAAAACAAUCUGUCUCUAGCAGGUCAUCAGUUCAUACAAGUGCCCACAACCUCCUGAUCAUCCCCUAGACUGCAUGCAAUCGAUGGCAUUGACUCCCCAACCAUUUCAUCAACAUCUUGGAACAUUUUUUGCACUUGGGGAAGUUUUGUUACAUCAAAAACACACAAUCUUCUGUGUUGUUUGGGAAUCAUGCGUUUACUUUUGCUUCGUUUUGACACUGGAGGAUGUAAACGCCAUAUUUUGUAGCUUUAUCUUAUGUUGAUUACAGAUUUGAUAUUUCUGAAAAUGUUGCCUGCAACUGUACUGUAUGUAAACACUCUAAUUACUAGAUCAUUUUCUGAAUUUAAAAAAUAUGUGUAUGUUAAAAAAGAAACAAAACCCAAAUCUUAAUCACAGUUAUUCUAUUGUGAAAUGGUGAUGUAGUUUAUUUUUGUGAACACUGUCUAUGUAAAUAACUGGAUGAAACUUCCACUUACAGUAUAAGUCAAUAUCCUGUUUUGUAUAGUAAUUCAAUUUAUCAAAAUAACUACACAUGGAAGCCUAUGUAACAGUAACUUCAGGCACUAUUUCUUAACUGUACUGCAAAUGGGAGAUUAUUGGACAGAUUGUCUUGCCUGUAAUGGUUUCUAAACAUACUUUGUUUUAUUAUUAUUAUUAUUAUUAUUGAGAUUCAGAAUGUGCACUGUAAGAACUCUCUUGUCUUGAAUAUGUGUGCGUGUCUGAUAAAUAGACUGAAAUAAUGAGGGUAGUCAAGACCUCUGUAGUACCUGUGUAAUCAUUCAUAAAUAAUAGUCAGCAAUCACAUCACAAGCAUCAACAUGACCUUCACAGUUUGUGUAAUAAUGAUGGGAUGCUUGAUGUAAGUUAGAGGUUGCCUCUAGUUGUUAUGAAUGUUUAUUGGAUGUGUUUCUUAUGCAGAUGUUACAAGCUGUGGAUAUGGGUGGGUAUUCACAUGAAGAGAACCCAUGCAGAUGGUGUCUUCUCUCUCUUCCUGUGACUGGAAGCCAACCAACUUGGCUGACCUCAGGGCUACAUCUCUGCUAUUCUGUAGUUCCAUAGACUAUACAAACCAGUCAACAGACGGAAUAUAAGCCUUUACAGGUGCUACUUAAUCACAGACCGAUCAGAGGGACUUUUAAUCUAGGGGACGGGUCAGGAGUGAGUAAUGGUACGACUGUGGCUGUUUAUACACUACAUUGUGUCCUGUGGUCAGCUGAGAGAUUGAUGCACUAGAAAAGCAAUAGAGAAUUGGGCUCCUGGUAAUCAUCUGUGGCUGCUUGUUGUUUUUGUAUUCCUGGCGAGCA